CCAAAACUGACGAAACUUGUAUUCUGGUGGGAGAAAGAAUCUGGAAAGUGUCAUUGCAAAGAGAAGCAGCUAGCACUGAAGCACACACACAAAACACAAAUAUCCCUUUAAACUUGUUGAGAGAGAUAUUGAAGAAAAUAAGAAGCAUGGAAUGGAGGAAAUAUUAUUUGGAUGUGGUGCUGGUACCAUUGGGAUUUCUUAUAACCAUUGGUUAUCAUGUUUGGUUGUGGCAUAAGGUUCGAACACAGCCUUCUUCCACCAUAAUCGGAAUCAAUACUCAUGGAAGACGCUCCUGGGUCCCUGCCAUGUUGAAGGACAUUGAAAAGAAGAACAUCCUGGCAGUGCAAACUCUUCGAAAUCUGAUAAUGGGAUCAACUCUUAUGGCCACCACUUCCAUUCUCCUCUCUGCAGGCUUGGCAGCUGUGAUAAGCAGCACUUACAGUGUGAAGAAGCCUCUGAAUGACGCUGUAUAUGGGGCCCACAGUGAAUUUAUGGUAGCACUUAAAUACGUGACACUCCUAACCAUAUUCUUAUUCUCAUUUUUCUGUCACACUCUGUCGAUUAGGUUUUUCAAUCAAGUGAGCAUCCUCAUUUGCACACCACAACAAGAUGUGAUCAUGUCCUCAGCAGUGACCCCUCAGUAUUUGACUGAGCUUUUGGAGAAGGGAACUAUUCUGAGCACUGUUGGCAACAGGCUUUUCUACUCAGCACUCCCUCUUCUGCUUUGGAUCUUUGGGCCUGUGUUGGUUUUCAUGUCUUCUGUGGCAAUGUUACCGGUGCUUUAUAACCUAGACUUUGUUUGUGGGAAUAAUAAUGGGAAGGGAAAGAUCAUGAAGAAUGACAAAGGGGAGGACUAUGUUUGAUGUGUAUUGAGCUAAUUAGAUCAAAACAUUAAACAGAUAAUAUGUUUAUGUACGUAGGUCUUUAGUUUGGUGCAUCAUUUACAACUUUUAAGUUGUAAAGGUGUUGUAUUCUACUCGCACAGCAGCCACAUGCAUGCUGAAGCGUUUCCUAAAAUAAUAAUUCAGCUAGCUAGCUUUUCCAACGUA